UAACUCCACUUUAAUGAUAGUCAUUAAGGGUACUCAUGGCCCGACUCUAUAAAUAGAGCUUCAACUUAUCCUCCAAAGCAUGUUCAUUUCAUAUUUGUAGAAAAGCAACCAUUAAUCUUUAGUUCAAAAGAGAAUGGAGAAGAGAAUUCUGGGUUGUGCUGUAUUGGCCUUUGGGUUGAUGUUUUUAGUCCUAAAUGCAAGUGGGAGACCUUCGGAUGACAUAACAUGCAAGGAUGCUGUAACGGCUUUGUUGCCGUGCCAGUCUUUUUUGGUGGGUUCUGGUCCAACGACACCAACUGCUGCUUGCUGCUUAGGUGCACAGAAUGUUCUAAAACAAGCUGCCACCAGUGAAGUACGCAAGGCUCUGUGUGAGUGUUUUAAAAAGGCUGGAAAAGAGAUGGGUGUUAAGCCUGAGAGAGCUAAACAGAUUCCCGAUCUUUGCAAGAUCGAUGUUCCUGUACCCAUUGACCCUAAUGUAGACUGCAGCAAGUAA